AUGGAAGAAUAUUCUAUUGCCGCUCAAGUAUGGAAAUUAUCAUCGGUUGAUAUGUGUGAAUUAGCACGAAAUUCUAUUUUAAUGAGUGGUUUUUCUCAUGAAGUUAAAGAAUAUUGGCUUGGUUCAACUUAUAAAGAACAUGGUGUUGCUGCUAAUGAUAUUCGUCGUACAAAUGUACCAGCUAUUCGUAUAGCUUAUCGAUAUGAAGCAUUUUGUGAAGAACUUCGUUUACUUUGUCUUGCAUAUAAAAGUCGACAACAGAAAAGAAAAUAG